AUCACCCCAGUGUUUCAUUUGCCAUACUGUAAUAAUUUCACCACUAUGGCCUACUUACUGCCUCAUUACGGUCUGUAUAUUUGCAUCUUAUUAAAGUAAUUUAUGUGAAUAAAAUUUCAUUUUGUGGGACUAUUCAACAAUUCUAAGCCCCUUACAUUUACACUGAGCCAUAAUACUAAAGAGACAUGGUGUUUAUUCCAUCUACUGGGUAUGCGUCAACAAGUUCAGCAAUGGACUGUUCAUUUCCUGACAUAGGCCUACAUGUGGUUAACACAGGGAAUUUUGAAGAAGCACUAUGGUAUAUCAACACUUUGGAGGCCAAGUGUUUAAUAUCCACCAUCACUGUCUUGUAUUAGGCCUAUAGAAAGGAUUCUGAGGCCCAUCGACAAAAUCAGACAGGCAUGUGGUGAAGUGGUUGAGUAGCCUGUGUAUUCAACCAUGUAUAAAGUCCAGAGAAGUUCUAACCAACUAAACUCAUCUCCACGAUUUACGAUGAGUUUAGUAGCCCUCAUUUACACAUGAAAUCGAUCUGUGUAAAUGCCAGCUAUUAGUUGACAGCAUUAAUGAGGGCUAUUCUUUGGGUGUUGAAAUCUGUAGUUUUUGAUAAAAACUAUUUUAAUGCGAUGUCGGAGCUCCAGUCCGCCCUCACUAGUCGCCCCUCAACUUCAUCAUAACUCACGGAGUUGAGUUUAGUCAGCUAGAGCUGAUUCCAAUAACCAACUCAUCAUCAAGCUUUGAUGAUUUGAAUAAACUGUGCAGUGCUAGGGCAAAAAAACUAAACAUGCACCCGGGGGGCAGGAGCAAGUUUGGGAAACCUUAUAGGCUAGUAUCCACCGUGUGACAAUGUGCUAUCAAGGCAAGCCCUAAAAAUGGAGUGCCCUGGGGCUAUUUUCGUCAGCUAUUUUGUAAUAGCUCAGGAGUCGGGACUGGGCAUCGUCUGACUCGAUCGUUGAGAGACAAUGACGGCCGCGUACGGGACACACUUCAUUGACUAAUGUUAAUUGUUAAUGAUGAUGCUCUGAAUGCGAAAACAAUCAUUUCCCUGUCGUCAUUAUUAAAGAUGUCAGACAAAACGUAUGGCUGAAUCAAACUGCGCCGCUGUUGGACUUCAAGCGAUAGAUUGGGAUGUAGGCUAUGCGAAAUUUUGCGGUUCUCAUUGGAAUGCGGUCAUCUUUGGAAUAAACAAACGCAUGUGACGCUAAGGCGCAUCUGCACUGCUGCCAAGAAUAAUAAGACUAUUUGACUGUGGGGAGUUUUAUUGUCAUUGGAUUGCUAAUAAUUCAUCCAGUGGGAUUAUCAAAAACCUAUGGAACGACUUGAAGGUCGCCUUCGAUUUGAGAUGCUGGCGAUUAACUGCGUUUUAAUUGUAGCGUUCAUGCACAGCGGGACAGCCUCCAGGUGUGUAGACCAUGCCUGCAGUCCUCCCAUGGGCAACCUGGCCAGUGGUAGGACCCUCACCACCCUCUCAGGCUGCUGUGGGAAUGGGUCCCACCACUCCCCAUGCUCCACUCCCCUCCACACCUGUCCAGAUCAUCUCCACCCUCCUGCCCACAUGGUGGAUGAUCCCUUCCUGCACCCAGACACCUGGUGGGCCUCGGGCGUGGGCACUGACCAAGCGGAGGAGGUCCGCCUGGACCUGGAGACCCGUUUCUGUCUGACCCACGUGGUGCUGCUGUUCCACUCACCCAGGCCCGCUGCCAUGGCCAUGGAGCGCUCGCAGGACUUCGGCCGGACGUGGGAAACACUCAAGCUGUUUGCACAGAACUGCAGUCUGGUGUUUGGUCUUCCUGAUGACACCAGUCAGCAUGGCUCGCGGUGUACAUCCCGGUACUCCAGUGCCAAGCCGUGCAGCAGGGGAGAGGUGAUAUUUCGGACUCUGGGUCCUGGUGGAUUAGUUGACCCCUACAGUCCAGAGGGCCUUUCCCAGCUGACCCUCACCAACCUCCGCCUCAGACUUCUCAAGGCUCAGACCUGCCCAUUAUCUGUGGCGCCUUCCACCACUUCUUCCUCCAUCAGACUCUUCAAACCUCCUGCGGACCGGAAUCUUCCCCUUCUCCCUUCCCCCCAGCCCAGCUCAGAGGCCCCUGCCUCAGCUCCAUUUGCCAUUUACUCUCUCCUGGCUCGGGGGACCUGUCUCUGUCAUGGCCAUGCAGAACACUGCUUACCCCACAGAGGCGGACAGGACACACUGAAGGACAUGGUGGCUGGCAGGUGUGUGUGCACUCACCACACAGCAGGAGAACACUGUGAAAGGUGUGGCCCACUCUACAAUGACCAGUCCUGGAAGCCAGCCAAUGGCAGCAGUGGGGAGCCACAUCCGUGCCAUAAGUGUGAGUGUCACAGCCAUGCAGAGAGCUGUCAUUUCUCCAAGAGGGUGUGGCUGUCCUUGGGGGGCACCAGUGGGGGUGUCUGUGACGACUGCCAACACAAUACAGCUGGGCGCAGGUGCCAGCGCUGUCGCCACGGUUACCACCGCCAACCAGCCAUGCCCCUCAACUCCCCCCACGUCUGCACACAUUGUUGGUGUGACCCACUGGGCUCAUUACCAGCCAGCUCUGGGGAGGAGGGCCGAUGGUGCCACCCCAGGAGUGGACAGUGCCAUUGCAGACCUGGUGUGGGGGGAACAGGCUGCAACCACUGCCUCCCUGGAUACUGGGGCUUUGGGGGAGAGGGGUGCAAACCCUGUGCUUGUCCCCAAAACUGUGACCCCCACACUGGGCUGUGCCUGGACAGCUAUGCAAAUAACCAGGUUUUAAAUAUACCUAUGGGAGGCAAGAUUCUUGCCAUGGACCAUGCCUUGACCAAUGAGGGUGAGCCAGUGUGGUCAAAGCAACUGGCAGUCUCUGCCCUGCACUACACAGGGAAAUGCAGUUGUAAGGAGAGAAAGUUGAGGAGUGUCUCAGAUCUCUGCAAGACCAAAUAUGCCUAUGUGAUCAAAGCCAGUGUGUUGUCAGCUCAUGACAAGGGGAGCUACGCAGAGGUACAGGUCAAAGUUCGCAAGGUCCUGCGUUCAGGACAGGUGCCUCUCUCCCAGGGCACCCACAGUGUCUACCCCCUCUCCUGGACUAGCCGGGGGUGCACCUGCCCCAUCCUUAAUCCAGGUGUGGAGUACCUGCUGGCGGGUCCAGAGGAGGUAGAGACAGAGCGGCUGCUGGUUACCAUGCAGAGUGUGGUGGUUCCCUGGACCCCUCAACUGGGGACCCACAUAUCGGAGGGCCUAAGGCAGGGCUGCCCAGAACACCCUCUCCAAACCCAUAACAGAGCAAUUUGAAUGGACAUUUAGGGUUGUAUCACUGGUUCAAUAGAAAAUUCAGGAAAGGGACUGAAAGUCAGUGGAAAAGGCUUGACUGUGUGUCUUGACCAAUGACUGCUAUGGAAAAUCUUGCCCAGAAAAGACUACAACCCUGCCAUAUGAUGCAAAGAGGACUGACUGGAAUCUUUUGAGCCAUUCUUGUGAAGAUGAUUUUACUUGAGGGAAAUACCACACACAAACAUAAAAAAAGCAUCCUUCUGGAAUCCAAUGAAUGUUUGGGUGGUCAUAUUUGAGCCAUGCCUUUUAUAAAUAACAUCAAAAUGCCUACUAGGUUCUACAACAGUAUGUUACAUUCCAGUGCUGUCUCUGCUUUUAGUGUACUAUAUAUUUAUCAGUAUGCAAUUCGAAUCAUUUAGUGUUCCAAUUAAAAUGCUAAAAAUA